AUGAAAUACUCGGAUGUGGACUAUCUGACUACAUGGAAAGUGUUAGAGGACUUUGUAAAAGAAGGCAAGAUUCGCAGCAUUGGAGUAUCAAACUUUAAUCACAAACAAAUCGAACGGAUAAUUGACAACUGUACUAUCAAGCCAGCUGUAUUGCAGAGAGAAAACAUCUUCAUCACAUCGAAAGUGUGGAACACAUUCCACUCAGCGCAAGCCUGUGAGGAGCACGUAAAUGAAAUCUUGAAUCAACUACAGCUGGAGUAUAUUGAUCUGAUGCUCAUUCACUGGCCACAUGGAUACGAAGAGGGUGGCGAGCCGUUCCCUAAGAGGCCGGACAGUGACAAGAUGAAAUAUUCGGAUGUGGACUAUCUGACUACAUGGAAAGUGUUAGAGGACUUUGUAAAAGAAGGCAAGAAGAAAUUACGAGAGUUUUGUAAAGAACACGAUAUUGCUGUGACUGCUUACAGCUCCCUUUCCAACCCUGGCUCGGCAUUCUUCCGCAAAGCCGGUGAUCCAAACCUUCUGACGGAGCCAGUUAUAAAGAAGAUUGCCGCUGCACAUAAUAAAGUGAGUGGAGGGGCAUUGAACCAGCUGUUCGACUUCGUGUUCUCCGUGUCUUGUCAAUCGCUUGCACAUUUUCGCCAUUUCCCUCUUCAAUAUGUUUCACCCUGUAAUGACCUCAGUGAGCUUUUAGAAUGA